UUCUCGGUGGGGAUGUUGACUACACAGAAGUCCCGCCUGUAUUUCCCUCUGGAGGGAGUCUCAUGUCUGCGCUCCCGACUGGGGAUUGGAGCGGCCACUUGUCAGUAAACCAGCUUCACGCCGUACAUGUGUGUGUGUGUGGAGGGAAACCGAGCCAGACAGUGACGGUCGGAUCGCUCACUCAUCAGCUGUCUGUCAGGCCAGCACGCCACAAAGAGCAGCUUGACACCCGGCCGGUAUGGAGGGAGAGAUGCAGCCCGCGGAUGAAGGGCCCUGCGCCCCGAAGAUGUGCCGACAGCAGCGGGGUCCGUACAGCACCCUGAAGCCCUUCCAGAGCAAGCGCUCCGCGGGGAAGUCGCGCUUUGAUCGGUCCGCUGCUUUGGAGCUGCCUGUGUUUGGCGACGGGCAUCCCUUCACUUUCCAUCCCGAGCAGCCUCAUUCUUUCCAGCAGCAGCAUCAGCAGCGCCUGCACCACCUCCACCAAAGCAGCGUCGCUAUCAGCAGCAACCAGCAGCAUCACCCGCUGCCUCAGCAACAGCACCACCGUCUCCCAUGUGAGGCCAGGCCCAGCAGCAGGGUCCCGACAUCCACCUCAGCGGCCACGGCAUCCCUCGGCUCCCAGCGGCGCUCCGGCAGCGGUUCGGAGCCCCGGUUCUCCCCGGACUGCACCUACGGAAUCAGCACAGAGAACCGUCUCAUCCUAGAUGCCUUCGCCCAGCAAUGCAGCCGAGUCCUCAACCUUCUCAACAAUGGCCGUCUCCUGGAGCCUCCGUCUUCCUCCCUCAACUCUAACAUCAAGCUGGAAGACGGGCGAGGGGACACUCAGGGUCUUCACUGCUCCUCUCAGGGGAAGCUGAAACCCCCGGAGAGCUCCUCCACCACCGACCCCGAGGACGAGGCCCAGCAAAGCCAUUCCAACCAGCACCAGACCUCUGCCGUCCUCCGCAUCUUCACGGACUCCCUACAGAGCUACCUGCUCUCUGGGCCUCAGAAUCACCUGGCUGCAGGUCUCGAAGGGGAGCAGUGUGCUCCCGCCGAGCGCGGUUUAGACGUGUCUCCGUCGAGACACAACCUGGGAGGAUGGGGGUCCCCGGCUCCAUCAGAGUCGUACGGACACCCGUCGUCCACGCUGCCGGAGGAGGAAGAGGAGGAGGAGAGCUGCUGCCCCCGCUGCCUGGAGCUGGAGCAGGAGGUGCUGUGUCUGCAGCAGGAGAACAAGGAGCUGCGUAACAAACUGGAGAACAUUCCAGUUCCCUGCCAAAAUACUCUGGACUACUUCAAGGCUGUCCUUGAAUUUCACAACCAGCUGGCCCAGCAAAUGCCAGAGGAGCAGCUCACUGAGCAGUGUGACAAUAUGGAAUUAAAAGAUGUAUCUCUGCAGGAGGAAGAACAAACCGUCUUUGAGGGGAGCAAACAGCUGCUGGAGAACUACCCGCUCUUCAUCACCAACAAGCAGUGGGACGAAGCCGUCAACUCCUCCAAGAAAGAUGGCCGACGGCUCCUGCGAUACCUGAUCCGCUACGUUUUCACCACGGAUGAGCUCAAGUUCUCCUGCGGUUUGGGGAAGAGGAAGCGCUCGGUGCACUCAGGAGACCCGGGCCUGGAGAGACGGCCGCUCAACCCAGUCAAAGUCAGCUGCCUCAGAGAGUUUAUCCGGAUGCACUGUGCCUCAAACCCAGACUGGUGGAUGCCCUCAGAGGAGCAGAUCAACAAAGUGUUCAGCGACGCCGUCGGCCACGCCCGCCAGGGCCGGGCGGUAGGUACAUUCCUGGGUAGCAGCGGCAGCAGCACCAGCAGCCUCUACAUGGACGGCUUCGAAGGACAUCUGUCGCAGGAUGAGCUGUUUCUGAAAGGCUGCCAGAAUGGCCAGUCGGACUGAAGCUAUACAAAAAAUGAUGAACCUUAAUAUGUAGCUGUACAACAACAUAUCUAGAAACACCAACCUUUAUCUAAAAACAUUCCAGAGAAAGCGUGUUACACAGAAUACAACUCCAGCCCUUGCUUUAAAUAAUUUUAUAACCUUUUUGGUUGUUUUAUACUUGUAUUUUUUGAGUCAAAAUUUGACUUUUGCCAGUUUCCAAUUUUAAAAGAAUUUGAGUCUUCCUUUUUGCUACCUUAAAUAGCAACUGUCAGUGGGUUAUGUUUAGGGCUAAGUCAGUUUCAGAGAAUAUUUUGUGUUAAAUUUAUAGCAUAGUUCUGUUAGAAUUUCCAUAUAUCUACACAAGCUGCACCUUCAUAAUAUUCAUAGCUAAAAGUAGCAUUUAAUCUGUUUGCAUCUGUAUGUAGUGAAAGCACCUUUACCUGAAAUCUUUAACAGGAGUGCCUCUGACAUCGUCACAUUCGCUUGUUCGCUCUGCUGCGCUUUGACUUUGAUUCAAUCUUCAUUUAAUCUAAACAAAAAUAUGUAGGUCAACACUAGACAUUUGUUCCAAGUCACAACCAAACUUAAAAGUUAUCUUGUUAUAUUUUGGAGGUAGUUACAUGUAAUUGAAACCACAUUUUUAUUUUUUAAAAAGCCUCCAGUCCCUUCUGCAACAAACCACACACAAAACAUGAUGCUGCAGCCACAGCCGUACUUUAUAGUUGGGAUCCUUGUUCACGAUUUUCCAAGCUUCACAUUUUACCUCCAAAAAUAACAAUGGUGAUCAUGGUUCAAUUUUAGGAUCCUCAGACCACAGGAGAGACACAAAUGUUUUUCCAUGAGCGCAUUAGCAAAAACGGUUGUUUCAUACUUGCAUUUUCUCAGUCAAAAUUUUACUUUUGGCAGUUUUAAAGGAGACAUCUCUUUUAAUUCAGUGGACUGCUUCCAAGUGUCACAGUAGGUGCUAGAUACAAAUUCACAAUAAAGUCAAUACUAAAAACAUUUAAACGUAAAGCAACAAAACAGAAAUUUCAUUCUUGAAAUUUGUUUUUAGAAAACACUGCAAUUAAGACAAACAUAAAUUUCAAAGUCACAUUGAAAAGAAAUAGUUAAAUUAAAUAUCAAAGACUUUUUUGGGGAGGGUGUUCAAUUGUUUUGGACGUCAGGGCAACCUUACAGCACAACUUUAACCAAAGUUUUCUGUGUCUUUAACCUGUUUAGAGUCCAGUAAUUAGUCCUAUCGAAUUGACAUAUGACUUUAGUUUGUGUUUUUGUCUAAAUUUGCAUCGAUACCAUUACUUUUUGUUCACUGUUGCCUACCAGGUUUGAAUAAUUCUCUUUUUACACACUUUUCCUCUUUUUGUUGUUAGUUUAAUUUUUACUAUGCUUUAAAAGCAGUUUUCAGAAGAUAUGCACAUAUGCAUGUCAUAAAUAGACCACAUUGUCACAAUAAUUGUAUUAAAAUUGGUAGAAAAUACACUAUUUUGCCAAAUUUAUUGGAUCACCUAUGGAAAUGAUUAAAUCCAAGUGCUCCAAUUUCCUCCAUAUUUACAGGUGGAUGCAAUUUAGAACCUACGGCUGCAGACUGCUUCCUCUCAUAAAUAUUCCUUCUCGUCCAACAUCAGUAUCUGACCUUACAAAUGCACUAUUGGAAGAAUAGGAAACAAAAAUGCACAUAAACACACUUCUUAGCCUGGUGAAAGAUUUCUGAAGAUUGCUACCUUUAGAAAUCUUCUGACAGGUAGAAAUCUGUCAGAAGAUGUUGGCUCUUCUGCAACGGAGCCAACAUCCUACUAAAUACUAUUGAUUAAGUCAGACAAAUGAAACCUUGUUGUAUACUGUAAUUUAUCCAACUUCAUGGGCAGCAGUGUGCAAUAAAUACUUUUAUUUAAAACCUAAAUUAGGAGCAAAACACAGGCAAAAUUAAAGAUCUUUAGUUUAAGGCAGUUGCCACUUUAUGAAGCCUUAAAUGAGUAAGAAGACAUUCACAUAGUAAAAUGUUAAAGCUUUGUGUCAUCAUGUGAUGUGUGUUGUUCCCUGACAAUGACUGAAAGCGUCUACUUCCUCUGAGAGAGAAAGCAUGAAGCACUUGUUUAUUUCUGAAGCUGUUAUUUGCACUUUUCAUGGUCUCACUGGGGACAAACGGAUGUAAAGAGCUAAAUACUCACCUCAAAAAAGAUUUCAUGCUGAACAACUUUCUUUGCGUUAAUAUGUAACAUUGUUUUCUUCAUCUGAAUGUAGCUGAUCGUGAGGCCAAGUCACCCAUAAAACGUGCUGUGUAAAUUGUGUAAAAUAAAGUAUGGUUAUUGUUAAAGUUUUUUUUUUUUUCUUUCAGAAAAUACAAUGUCUCCCUCUUUAAAAAGCCAAGUAGAUAAGUGCCAGAGAAACCUUAAAACUGUUGGAUUGUGCUGUUGUGUUGCUGUUCUGAAUGUGUGCGUUUGUUCCCAUGUACUUCUUUACUCAAAGUGGCUGUAAUCAACACUGUGAAACAUUCAAUUUUUACAAAUAUUCAGUAAAAGUUUUUUUUAUUUCCAAUGAAUAAA